UCGACGAAGGCAGAGCCCCCGACGACGGAGAGCGACAGCGGUCGUGACAGCCCGCCAUGGAGUGCGACGCCGUGCCACGGGACGACAGGGAUGAAAGCGGCACAGUUCGCCUUCGGAACCCGCACCUGGCCGAGAUGGAGUCGGACAUUUUAUACCACCUGGCGCUGGGUUCGGGCUCGCACGACCUGCAGGCCAUGUUCGGCGACGUCAAGUUCGUCUGCAUGGGAGGUACUCCGCGGAGGAUGGAACAGUUCGCUCACUUCAUCAUGAAGGAGAUCGGCCACGUUCUGCCUACGGGGACCCAGCUGCUGGACAUCUCGCAUAACUCUCACCGAUACUCCAUGUUUAAAGUUGGACCCGUGAUCUCAGUCAGUCACGGCAUGGGCAUGCCUUCUGUCGGGAUCCUCCUACACGAGAUGAUCAAGCUAAUGUACCACGCCAAGGUGAAGGACCCCAUCUUCUUCCGGCUGGGCACGUGCGGCGGCAUCGGCAUCGAGGGCGGCAACCUCGUCAUCACCGAGAGCGCCGUGGACGGCACGCUGCAGCCUUUCCUGGAGCAGCCGAUCCUGGGGAAGUUGCAGCGUCGCCCGGCGCUGCUGGACAAGGGGCUGGCGGCGGAGCUGAAGGCGCUGUCAACCCCGGAUGACCAGUGGCAGACGUUCGUCGGAAAAACGAUGUGCACCACGGAUUUCUACGAAGGUCAAGGCCGUCUGGAUGGUGCCUUUUGUGACUACACCGAAGAGGACAAGUUCGCCUUCCUGCGGCGAAUCCAUGAGGAAGGCGUCAUCAACAUGGAGAUGGAGUCGCUAAUGUUCGCGGCGCUGUGUCACCACGCUGGGAUCCGCGGCGCCGUGGUCUGCGUCACACUCCUGAACAGGAUGAAGGGUGACCAGGUCAAGACAGACAAGCAGCUGCUGAUGGAGUGGCAGGAGUACCCGCAGCGGCUGGUGGCGCGUUACAUCCGGAGCCAUCUGGGUACAGACCAGGCGGAGCCGCUCGCCAAGGCGCCUGCCGGCAUCCGCUGCCUGAAACAGCUCCACCUGACCCGUCAGGCCUCCGAGCAUUUCACCAGCUCCGAGUAG